AUGGGCUCCGAGCGCUACCCUGUUCAGCAGCGAGGUAUCUACCAUAGCUUACCAGGCUUCGAUCCAGCCAUUACAGGACUGACGGCGAUUGUUACGGGUGCCAAUGGGAUCUCGGGCUUUCACACAAUGAGGGUGCUUCUAGAGAGCCCCGAGAGGUGGUCAAAGGUGUACGCAUUAUCUCGCCGACCGCCACCUAAAGAGAUGAUGGCUUUACUUCCCGAAUCGCAACGCUCUCGAGUUGAACAUAUAGCAGUGGACUUUUUGGAUGAACCAACGGAGAUUGCUCACGCGUUAAAAUCGGUCACGGCAGACUAUGCUUUCUUUUACUCAUACCUACAACCGAAACCACCGCAGGGCGCCCCAGUGUGGUCGAAUGCUGAGGAGCUCCUUAAGGUCAAUACUGUCCUUCUUGAUAACUUCCUCCAGGCUUUGUCGUUGGCUAGAAUUAUUCCUAAACGCUUUCUCCUACAAACGGGGGCUAAACAUUAUGGUGUUCAUAUUGGCCGCACUCGAAGCCCCGCCGUGGAAUCCGACCCUCUACCUGACCUAGAGCCUAAUUUCUACUACCCUCAGCAGAAGUUGCUUUUCGACUUUUGUGAGGCUCACAGUACUUCAUGGAAUGUAAUCAGACCAGCUUGGGUCCUUGGCGCUGUCAACAACGCUCAAAUGAAUGCCCUCCUACCUAUCGCAUUUUAUGCGGCGGUUCAAAGCGAGAAAGGAGAACCUCUUCAUUUUCCUUCUGAUUGGGAUGUUUGGCAACACGAAGGCCAUCAUUCAUCCGCUAUGCUCACAGGGUACCUCUCUGAGUGGGCGGUCCUCGAAGAGAAGUGCCGUAAUCAAGCGUUCAAUUCCCAGGACACUGGUGCUCUCACGUGGGAUAGGCUUUACGAGGAACUAGUCCGCUGGUUCGACGUCAAGAAGGGCGUCUAUCCACCGGAAGAGGAUUUCUCAAAGUUUGCAGUCUUCGAAGGCAAAGCCGGCAAAGAUACGCCAAUGGGAUAUGGCCCUCCAUUACUUUGGCGCAGUAGCUUCACGUUGGUAGACUGGGCGUCUGCACCUACAAACAAGGAGGCAUGGCAAAGACUCAUGGCGAAGUCUGGGGCUCAGCUGACCAAUAACCCUUUUGAUGAUCCAGGGGCAAACUUUGCUUUCGGUGAUGCCGCAUUUCGAAAGAUCAGUAGCUUGUGUAUGAACAAGGCAAGGCUUUUCGGCUGGACAGGCUUUGCAGACACGAGGGAAGUCUUGUUCGAGAUGUAUUCUGAGAUGGCUCAACUGGGCGUUCUUCCUCAGUUGAAAGCAGACAAAGCGAGGCCAUUGGCAUGA